UCUAUGUCUUUGUGAACCACUGACCUUUCAACAGGUAGACGACCUGCACAGCCACUUACUGUAUAUCAUGUUUCUCUCUUUGUGUCCAUCAGGUCACAAGGUGGUGUUUUUAAGUGGAACCUGUUCUGGUCACGUGGGGAUAGAGCAUGGCAGAGAAAUCUACUGGCUCUCUGGGUCUAAAGAGACAUGGAACCAAGAGUCUGCAGACACAGUGUGUCAGCAGAUGCAUUGUGGGAACGCUUCCAGGUUUUCUUUCAAUUCUAAGGCUGAUAUGAUUAAUAAAGUUUGGAAAAACUCUUUUAGCUGCUCAUCCAGAAAAAAGUCUCUUUUUGAGUGUAACCAAACUACACCUCUGCCUCCUGACCACCAUAAUUCUACUGCUUAUGUGAACUGUUCAGGAAAUAUUAAGAUGAGGUUGACGAACAGCUGCUGGGGAAAAGUCAGGAUUCGUGUAGAAGAGAAGGAAGGAGAUAUGUGUGCAGACACCUGGACAGAAGACAAGUCUGUGAAGCUGUGUGAAAAGCUGAACUGUGGGACGCCCAUAAAAGCCCACAACAGUCCCAAAGAUGGUGAUAUCCUCUUUAAGAGUUUACACCCGACAAAUCAGACUACUGACCUGACACAGAGCAUCUUUGUCAAAAACCAGGACAAUGAUAACUCCUGUAAACAAAAACCAGCCUAUGUUGUUUGCUCAGGUAGUGUCAAGCCCAGAUUUAGCAUUCCCAGUUACAAAUGCUUUGGAAACGUAGAGGUGGAGUAUGAGGGGAAGUGGAUCCCUGUGUGCGAGGAUGCUCUCAAAGACACUAACAAUGGAAACACCAUCUGUCAGGAGCUUAAAUGUGGUGAUGCUGUGGAGACUCUUCCCUACUUUGGACCUGCACCAGCAGAGAAAUUAGCCAUUUCAAACCUAAACUGCAUUGCAAAUGCUAACAGUCCAUUAUCUGCAUGCAGCAGUAUUACUGCUUCUACAGCUGCCUGCAAACACAGUGGCCUCCGAUGCUCUG